AUGAGUAAGGCAGCAGCAGCAGCAGGAUCGAAAGGGAAGAAGAAGGGUGCAACCUUCACAAUCGAUUGUGCAAAGCCAGUGGAGGACAAGAUCAUGGACAUUGCGUCAUUGGAGAAGUUUCUUCAAGAGAGGAUCAAAGUUGGAGGCAAAGCUGGUGCCCUUGGCGAUACCGUUACUGUUACUCGUGAGAAGAACAAGAUUACUGUCACUUCUGAUAGUAACUUCUCCAAAAGGUAUCUCAAGUACUUGACAAAGAAGUAUUUGAAGAAACACAAUGUCAGGGAUUGGCUACGAGUGAUUGCAUCCAACAAAGAUCGCAAUGUUUAUGAGUUGAGAUACUUCAACAUUGCUGAGAACGAGGGAGAGGAAGAAGACUGA